CGACGUCUAGGAUAUUGUAGCCGCUGUCAGAAAUAUCGAUGAGUUUACAACAGGUUUACAACAGAAAUUCUUUCUGGGGCAAAUAAAAAGACAGCGUGUCCUCCCAUAAAUUAGUGGCAUCCUCCUGGCCUCUGCUCCCAGCUGGCAAAGCACCGCAAGCCCUGUCCUGACUGCAGGGGUGGGCGGGGUGGAGGACUCGGUGUUCCGCCCUUUGCGCCUGGCGCUCGAGGUGCUAGCGUACUUGGGCCUGGACAGUCCGGGCCAGGAGCGGGAGCAGAGCGGAGGUGGAGAUGGCCUCCCAGCCGCCACCUCCCCCGAAACCCUGGGAGACCCGCCGAAUUCCGGGAGCCGGGCCGGGGCCGGGGCCAGGACCAGGCCCCACUUUCCAAUCUGCUGAUUUGGGUCCUACUUUAGUGACAAGACCUGGACAACCAACACUUACCAGAGUGCCCCCACCUAUUCUACCAAGACCAUCACAGCAGACGGGAAGCAGCAAUGUGAACACUUUCAGACCUGCUUACAGUUCGUUUUCCUCUGGAUAUGGUGCCUAUGGAAAUUCAUUUUAUGGAAGCUAUAGCCCUUACAGUUAUGGAUAUAAUGGUUUGGGCUAUAAUCGCCUCCGUGUAGAUGAUCUUCCACCCAGUAGAUUUGUUCAGCAAGCUGAAGAGAGCAGCAGAGGUGCAUUUCAGUCCAUUGAAAGUAUUGUGCAUGCAUUUGCCUCUGUCAGUAUGAUGAUGGAUGCUACCUUUUCAGCUGUCUAUAACAGUUUCAGGGCAGUAUUGGAUGUAGCAAAUCACUUUUCUCGAUUAAAAAUACACUUUACAAAGGUUUUUUCGGCUUUUGCAUUAGUUAGGACUAUAAGGUAUCUUUACAGACGGUUACAGCGGAUGGUAGGUUUAAGAAGAGGCUCUGAGAAUGAGGAUCUGUGGGCAGAAAGUGAAGGAACUGUGGCUUGCCUUGGUGCUGAGGAUGGAGCAGCUAACUCAGCAAAAUCUUGGCCAAUAUUCUUGUUCUUUGCUGUCAUCCUUGGUGGUCCUUACCUCAUCUGGAAACUGCUGUCUACCCACAGUGAAGAAGUAACAGACAAUAUCAACUGGGCAAGUGGUGAGGAUGACCAUGUAGUUGCUAGAGCAGAAUAUGAUUUUGUUGCUGUAUCUGAAGAAGAAAUUUCUUUCCGGGCUGGUGAUAUGCUCAACUUAGCUCUCAAAGAACAACAACCCAGAGUGCGUGGUUGGCUUCUGGCUAGUCUUGAUGGUCAAACAACAGGACUUAUACCUGCAAAUUAUGUCAAAAUUCUUGGUAAAAGAAGAGGUAGGAAGACGAUGGAAUCCAGUAAAAUUUCCAAGCAGCAACAAUCUUUUACCAACCCAACACUAAUUAAAGGAGCCACGGCUGCUGAUUCUUUGGAAGAACAGGAAGCUGCCUUUGAAUCUGUUUUUGUUGAAACUAAUAAGGUUCCAGUUGCACCUGAUUCCACUGGGAAAGGUGGUGAUAAACAAGAUCUUUGAUAUCUUUCAUGUUUGCUUCCAGUUGAACAAUACUUUAGAGUUCUUUUUAAAAUUAUUACUCUGAAAGAAGUUAAUCUACAGUCCAAUGAAACCAUUUGUUAUUGGCUAUUCCAGGUGUUUUGCUGCUAGAAAUUAUUAAAGUUAUACACUAAUAUGUUGGUCUGGUGACCUGUUCACAUUUUACAAGUUAUUGGACCAUGAGGACAUUUCACCUAGAUUUUAAUUUUGGAGACUGCUUUCAUUUUUGACUUAUUUAAAUCCCUAGGUUUAUUGAAAGAGUUAAGAUUGAUGAACUAUAGAAUAUACAGUUUGCUACAAUAGGGAUCAGUAAUGCUUUUUAAACUUCUGAAUUAAUUUACUUGUAAUCUUCAGAAAUUGAAUGAUAACAUAAAUAUGAGAACAGGCAAAAAUUCUAGUUUUUUUUACAAUCUUAAGUAAAUUGAAUAAUAAAAUUUUCUGAUCUGUAUUAUA